AUGGCCUAUUCACCAAUUAUGUCUCCUACUAGAGGAGUACCAAAUUCUCAUGGACAUCAUAUGAAAGAGGAUAAAUUAUCUAAAUAUAGAAAUGGGGCAGAAAGAGAUUUGGAUAUAACUAAAUAUAGACCUGAAGAAGCAGUAUACUACAAUCCACCAAUUGAAGCCAUUAAAUAUGGUCAAGGAGAAACAGGAAUGCGAUAUGUAUUUGGAGAUCUUGAACUAGAUAACUAUGAAGAGCAAAAAGUCACUGAAAUGUUAGCAUACUUGAAAAAUCGACAUGUAUCUCUAAGGAACACUGCAUUUAAUGAUAAACAUUUAUUACUACGCUAUCUACAAGGUAAUGAAUAUGACUUUGUUAAAGCAUGGGAUGACAUCAAACGCCAUGUACGUUGGAGACAACACUUUCGUACUAUUGAGGAUUGUCAUAAAUUACAGAAACUUCUAGAAACUGGUUAUUGUUAUAUUCAUGGCCGUGAUAGAUUCAUGCGCCCUAUAAUUAUAUUUAGAGCUAAAGCAUUUUUAGAUGGUCAAGAACCCGAUGAUAUUCUACAUAUGGUUUAUCAUUGGUUUGAAUUUAUAAUUAUGAAAAUGUUAGUGUGGAAUAAGAUAGAACAAUGGCGAGUUAUCAUGGAUUUGGAAGAUGUCUCCUUUUAUAAUGCUCCUAUUUCACUAUUAAAGGAUAUUGCGAUUAACUUACAAAGAAAUUACCGUGGAUAUUUAGCUCAAAUGACAUUUAUAAAUUCCCCAAUUGUAUUUUGGGGAUUAUGGCAAGCAAUUAGUCUUGUAUUACCCCAAUCUACAAGAGAAAAGAUUAGCCUCUUCACAUCUGAAUACAAGAAUGACCUUCUAAAAUAUAUCCAUCCAAAUCAACUUGAAAAGAAAUAUGGAGGGGAUGCACCUAAUGUCACUUUAUUUUCGGAACCAGUAUUACCACCAGCUCCUUUUAACUAA